GCGGAGUUGCGGUGAACGAUGCGGACAACGGGACGAUAAAUCUCAUUAUUAUCCCCAUUCGGCGCCACAUAAAUAUGUAACUGCGCACUCGUCUUGCGGCUGUGGUGCUUCUCCUCGGAACCGCAGUGCUCUCGUGCAGCGUUACCGUCUCCGCCGUCAACAUCUUCGACUACACCGUCACCGCCAUAAUGUCGAGUGAGCUCCCUUCCCUCUCUGCCCAUCAUUGGACCCACUAGACUACCCUAUGCCACUCGCCUAACACCAGUCGCACCAUUCCUUUAAUGCACGUGCUCAACCGCGUCUUCGUCUAAGUAUCCUCCUCCGACAUGCGUGUCGUCUUCUUCGCGUGGAACAGCACCUCAUUUCGUGUGAACAACCUCGGCUUUCUUUCCCUGACGUGGCACGGAUGUGCGACGACUGUGUCCGCGUGCGCGAGGAUGCGCCAGACUGUGUGUGGUGCCCGUCGACGUCUGCGUGUGCGUCGCGCGCGUUUGUGUCGGAGUUGUGCCCGCGCGGGCAGUGGGCGAUGCGCGCCGAUGAGGCUGGUGCCGCUGCGCAGAAGUUGUACAGCGUGUUUGUGGACUUUACACCAACCGCGAUGGCAUACUUCAGUCGGUUUGAUGGCGUGGAACAGACACCAGUUCAGAAUAACACGUUUGCGCUUCCCCGUUCGGUCAACUUGUUCACAAACCCUAGCGCGCUCUUCCCCAUCAAGCUGUCGGGGCUUCCCUUUCUCUACUCAAAGCGCUUCCUUCAACUGCACAAUGGUGCAGCUGAAUACAUGUGCCGAUGGCUCCUUCGACUUUGGCACAUUGGCGCUGGAGUCGAAGUUUGA